AGGCAGCGGGUGUGGAAUCUGAAGGGGGCUGCAGGGGGCCAAACAUAAUAAUGACACAAUUUGGAUAGUGCUCGUGAUGUGACAGGUCACGAGGUACUGGAUGAAUUUCGUAUCUUCUCGGAGGUGCACAUUUGACACCCCAGAGGGUGAAGGAAGGAGAGUGAGAUCUCAGUCAAAUAAUACGGAACCAAUCAAAUGGUCCAAACUACUGUGCAGUGAGGACCAAGAGCCUGUUUUACUGGGGAUCACAGCAGGGUGUAACCUGUCCUAUAUAAAUCACUGAUUCACUGAGGAUGGACAUGGACAGCGGAACUGUGACUGAGAGGAUACUACAUCUCACCCUGGAGAUCAUCUACCUGCUGACUGGGGAGGAUUACACAGUAGUGAGGAAGCCAUCUAGUGAGUGUGAGACACCCAGCAGCUGCCCGCAUGUGUCAGGAGAACUGAGCAGGACCCAGAGCCUCAUCACGCUGCCUCCAUCUCACUCACUGAUGCAUGAGAGGCACAAUGACAAGAAGAUCCUGGAACUCACCAACAAGAUCAUUCAGCUGCUGACUGGAGAGGUGCCUAUAAGGUGUCAGGAUGUCACAGUCUAUUUCUCCAUGGAGGAGUGGGAAUAUAUAGAGCAACACAGGGAUCUGUACAAGGACGUGAUGAUGAAGAAUCACCGGCCCCUCACAUCACUGGAUGGACCCAGUAACAGAGAUACCCCAGAGAGAUGUCCUUGUCCUCUGUAUUCCCUGGAUUGCACAGAGGAGAAUCACAGGGUCCCACAGAAGGAUCAAGGUGAGUAUAUCACUUUUAUUAAGGUAGAAGAUAUAAAAGGAGAAGAAAAUACGUAUGUUUAUAAUAAUGAGGCAGAAGAUAAAGAAGAGAUGUAUGAUACUAAUAAUAAGGCAUAUGAUACAGAGAGAGAAGAGAUGUAUGUGAGAGGUGAUCAGCAGUGUAAGGAGGAGGAAAUCCCUACAGAUAUCAGCCCAGAUGAACCCACAAACAGGAACACCUCAGAGGGAUAUCUCAGUGUGUCUCCAGAUUAUAAAAUAGAAGAUAACAUCACACAGGAUUAUCUGGGGAAAAACACCAUUAUUUUGAAUUUACAUCCAGUACUUUCCACUGCAGAUAAAUCAUCUGAUCCCUACAAUCAUCUGGAAUGUUCUCCUCAUCACUCAGAUAUAACGAAACCUAAUACUUCUCAUAAAGGUGAUUCAGUAUUUGCCUGUGCUGAAUGUGGUGAACGUUAUAUACAUUGGUCAGUGUUUGUUAAGCAUCAGAGAACUCACACAGGUGAGAAGCCAUUUCCAUGCUCUGAGUGCGGGAAAUGUUUUAAACACAAAGCCACUCUUGUUACACAUGAGAGAAUUCACACAGGUGAGAAGCCAUUUCCAUGCUCUGAGUGCGGGAAUUGUUUUACACAGAAAUCACAUCUUGUUACACAUCAGAGAAGUCACACAGGUGAGAAGCCAUUUCCAUGCUCUGAGUGCGGGAAAUGUUUUAAACACAAAGCCACUCUUGUUGCACAUAAGAGAAUUCACACAGGUGAGAAGCCGUUUCCAUGCUCUGAGUGUGGAAAAUGUUUUACACGGAAUCUAGAUCUAGUUUCACAUCAGAGAAGUCAUACAGAUGAGAGGCUAUUUCCAUGCUCUAUUUGCGGGAAACGUUUUACACGGAAAUCAGAUUUUCGUAGACAUGAGAGAAGUCACACAGGUGAGAAGCCAUUUACAUGCUCUCAGUGUGGGAAAUGUUUUACACAGAAAUCUGGUCUUGUUACACAUGAGAGAAAUCACACAGGGGAGAAGCCAUUUGCAUGCUCUGAGUGUGGCAAAUGUUUUGCAAAGAGGUCAAAUCUGAUUAGACAUGAGAGAAUUCAUACAAGUAAAAAAACUAUUUCCAUGAGCUGAUCAGUCACUAAAUGUGAUUGCAGUAAUAUUGUUCAUAUUGUAAAAUAUGAUGAUGAUGAUGAUAAUAAUGUGACAUAAAUACAUUGAAACUCUCAAACACAAAGGUGCAUGAGUUAUUUUUUUUAAAUUCAAAACUUUUUAUUGAGUUUUUGGAUAUGCAUUACAAAUAAAGCUAAACUGUAAACCCCCCAACAUGUUACAAGUUAUUAAACAUUUAUACUGCAUUUGUCGAUAAUAAUACCAGUAUACAGAUGAUCCAAAUAAACAUAUCUUGAGUAACAA